UUUAUCAGUCUUGGUUGCUGCCCACUGCUGCUGAAAAAAAGAGGUUGAUUGUGAUCAUUAAGCUGCAGGUAGGCAGUGCCUCCGGACUGUAAAAUAGGAAUGUUAGUGCGCCGUGAUGAAAGCAAACUUUGCUCAACACCUGUCUAUAUAUAUUGCAGGUCCCAGUGGCUGCCCAGUCCACCCGUUUCCUCUGUUGCCUGGGAAGAAAGAAGUGAUCAUGGCUCCCUGGCCUGAGGUGGAAAAGCCUGAAACCAAUAACUAUAUUGGGGACUCCUCCAAACAGAACCAGAAUAUGGCUGGGAAAGAAGGAGAAAAUCACAAAGGCAACGUGGCUUCACUUGGAAAUAAAGGGGAAAUUCAACCUGCGUUUUCCACAAUAGCCUUGAUAGAUGAGACCAGGCAAGAAGAAGAGGACCCAUGGGCUCUGCCGGAACUGCAGGACACUGGGGUCAAGUGGUCAGAAUUGGAUAGAAAAGGAAAAAUAAUUCGUGUACUCUAUGGGAUUGGGAAGUUUAUUAUGCUACUUGGACUGCUCUACAUGUUCGUAUGCUCUCUGGAUGUACUGAGCUCUGCUUUCCAACUGGUAGGAGGUAAAGCAGCAGGGGACAUUUUUCAAGAUGAUUCAGUGUUGUCUAAUCCUGUUGCGGGGCUGGUGAUUGGAGUUCUGGUGACUGUUAUGGUCCAGAGCUCCAGCACUUCUUCAUCCAUUGUGGUCAGCAUGGUGUCCUCCACAUUGCUGACUGUCCGAUCAGCUAUUCCCAUCAUAAUGGGGGCAAACAUUGGCACCUCAGUCACGAACACGAUUGUGGCACUCAUGCAAGCUGGGGACAGGAAUGAAUUUAGAAGGGCCUUUGCCGGGGCAACGAUCCAUGAUUUCUUUAACUGGCUCGCUGUGUUUGCCCUCUUGCCCAUUGAAGUUAUUUCUGGCUAUCUUUACCAUCUCACCAAUGUUAUAGUUGAGUCCUUUCAUCUUGAAAGCGGUGAGGAUGCCCCUGAGCUACUAAAAGUGAUCACAGACCCCUUUACAAAGCUCAUCAUUGAGCUUGAUAAAUCAGUAAUAAAUGCGAUUGCUACAAACGAUGAAUCAGCGAAAAACAAAAGCCUGGUAAAGAUUUGGUGUGUAACUGAAACCAACGUGACGCUGCAGAAUGUCACAAUUCCACCUUCAGAAAACUGCACAUCUCCUGAGUUUUGCUGGAGUGAAGGAAAUACGACAUGGACCCUCAAGAACAUAACUGAAACAGAAUAUAUCAGUAAAUGCCGGCAUCUCUUUGCAGACUCAGACCUGCCCGAUCUUGGCAUCGGUCUCAUCCUUCUGGCUUUGUCCCUGCUUGUUCUGUGCUCCUGUUUGGUGAUGAUCGUUAAGCUAUUAAACUCUGUGCUUAAAGGACAAGUGGCGAGUGUUAUCAAGAAGACAAUCAACACCGAUUUCCCAUUUCCUUUUACCUGGCUAGCUGGGUACCUGGCUAUGCUGGCAGGGGCUGGUAUGACCUUCGUCGUCCAAAGCAGUUCUGUUUUCACCUCUGCUAUUACACCCCUUGUUGGCAUUGGCGUUAUAAGCAUCGAGCGCUCCUACCCCCUCACCCUAGGAGCUAACAUUGGCACAACCACAACAGCUAUACUUGCAGCUUUAGCAAGUCCCGGGAGUACAUUAAAAUACUCAUUACAGAUUGCCUUGUGCCACUUUUUCUUCAAUGUCUCUGGAAUUAUUCUGUUUUACCCGCUGCCUAUUACCCGCCUGCCAAUCCGCAUGUCCAAGACCUUGGGAAACAUAACAGCCAAGUACAGAUGGUUUGCUAUAUUUUAUCUUCUCGUCUGCUUCUUCCUUUUGCCUUUGUUUGUAUUUGGGCUGUCCCUGGCAGGCUGGCCGGUCCUUUUGGGUGUUUGCCUUCCCCUGUUUGCUCUUUUUAUUGCUGUGGUUGUCAUUAACAUUAUGCAGAAGAGGCGACCGCAUUCACUGCCUGAGAAGCUCCAAAAUUGGGAUUUCCUCCCCGUCUGGAUGCACUCCCUGGAGCCCUGGGACAAUAUCAUUAUGUCUUCGCUUGCCUUUUGUGGGAAACACUGCUGCGGCUUCUGCAAGUGCUGCAAAGUCAAAGCCGAGGAGGAAGGUGCCAAAGACAAGCAGCUAAAAACUAUGGAGGUUUAUGAAAACACCAUGGCGAUGGCUGACGAAGACAGAGGUGGAAGAAGGGCACCAGCUGUAGCUUGCGUUGAGAAAACAGGCACCAACAACACGGCCUUAUAGUAGCGGAUCCACCCACAUCAGCAGAGAUACAGCAUAGGACAGUCAGGCUCUUGAAAAACCACCUUGGACAAUGCACUGAGGACAGAGUGAACAUUUUUGUGUAGGUUCAAAGCAGCCAUCAAUAUAUCACUCAUCAAGGCACGGAGUCGAACAAGCUUGACAGAGUCCCUAGAAAAAUCUAUGCCCAGUCGAAAAGCUCAUGGCAGAUUUGCUUCCAGAGGAUCUACUAUGCGGUAUCUCCAUCCCACGCUAGCAGUAGCAAACAAAAGAAAUCCUGAUGUAGUCCCAUGAAGAGAGGGAUGAAAGGAGUUAUGAUCAAUUCAAACUUAAUUAAAAAAACCAACCAAACAAUGCAUUUGUAGUACAGCCUUUCUGACCUACUGCCUUGUUCAGCGGAAGUCACUUUAUAAUACCUAAAAAGCUCUGGAAAUGAGGAGGGGGAAAAAAAGAAAAACCAAACCUAAAAAAAGAGAGAAUCCUAACGUUUUCAUUGGCCUGUUUGCAGUGGUCAAAGUGGAAAAUAGUAGGUUUCCCAGUACAGACAAAAUCUAUUUUAUGUGUGUGAAGGAAACUGAAAUGCUGGGACAUUCUUCAGAAGCUCUGGGAGUCCUGCUCUGGCCGAAGGGUAUGUACAAGCCUAUUUUGAGCCCUCUCUAUCUCCUUUAAUACCAGGGACAGGACUUAAAAUCUUUUAUUAUCUCAAGCUAAAGGCCAUAAAAGUAAUUGCUGAUCCCUCUGCCUGCUGAAGAUUAAGCAUUGGGUUUGGAGACACUGAGUAGCUACCAAAGGGCUGGAUGGACUCAGGAUGUGGUUGUGCGGCCAUUCUUCUCUCUCUAGAUGGUCCUCCCUAGUCCUGUUCACCAUGUAACCCCUCGAUCAGAGGAAUGGGGCAGGAGGGAGGACAAGUGGCCAGUGCAGAGGAGGAGACAGCCACCCACGCCUGGGCUGACACCAGGAGAUCUGUGUCCAACUGUGGCUCCCUUUGGCUGAGCCACCAAAUGACCCUUCGGAGUAGUGGUGGAGACUGGCUUUAGAGCCUCAAAAGAGGGAACAUGGAGAGAGCAGCUUAUGGCUGGUGUGGGACACAGAGCAAUGUUCAUUGGAGAGAAAGGAGCGUUCACUCUGCACCAUCAUGUUGUGCUCAGAACCACCCUCCUUGGGAAUAAUGUGAAUUUUACUGGCAAUCGUAUGUAGCAACCCAAACCCCAAAUGAAAUCCAUAGGUAGCGUAGUCACUACCACGUGUAGUCAAUCCGUAGGGAGUGUAGCACUUGGUGGGAAGCCACUUGUGCUCAAUUCUUACCGUUACCGAUGUUUCAGUAGAUGCUCAUGAGGUUGCCCCGAAUCAUGGGCUGACAAAAGGAAUAAUUUCAAGGCUGGAAAAAGAGCAUUUCAAAGACGUGCUGAUUACUUCUGCUGGCCUUCAGUAGCUUAAAUACCAGUGAGUAUGGCAUAAUAUCUGAAGCCCAACCACUAACGUUUAAAAAAAAAUAAAUUAGGUGGCUGAAUGUAGGCCAAGUGUCGCUUAAAGCCAGUUUCCAUGGCUGAGUCGUAGAUUAAAUAUUUAAUGGAAAUGCUGAGAAGACCCCUAGUUUAAUGUAGCCACUCAGUGCUGCUGAGACACAUUUACUUCUCAACAGUUGUUUGUUUUCUGCAGAGCUCUGGAAUGCAGUAGGUUGAACUUGGCUAUCAGGUAAAUACGUACAUUUUAGAAGUGAAAACUGGUUUUAAUUUACUUUUUUUAGGCUGACAUUUCAACCGGCAAACUACGUUGCUGAAAAAUGUGUUUGCAAAUUGCAUUCAUACUGAGAUUCUGACUGUUUCUGUAAUUGUGAGCCAGUGACAAAAUGCUUAGGAUCAGAGUGAAUUUCCAAAAGCAUCUAGUUUUGGUAUAGUUCUGCUCUUUUGGGGUUUAGUAGCAGAGAGCAGAGUUAUGCCAAACUAUUCUUUUAGAAAUUAUUUUCCUUUUCCUUCCUAUAGUUGAAACAGAAUUUUGUCAGCAUCUCAUUUUUAAAGUGGAAAUUUGACAUCUUCAGUAAUUCUUCAUUUUAUUCUCACAUUUCUGGAUGCUUCCAGAAUUAAUUUAUUUCUUUAAAUCCCAGCAUGCAUUUCUCAUGCUCUGUUUCUUUGGGAAAAAGAUGGGAAAUAUAUCCAGAGUUCUUUCCAAGUUACCUCAACUUUCCAUUGAUCACCAUUGAAACAGGAACCAUUUUAAUCUCCUUUUACUUGUUUCUUAAAUAACGUGAUGGUAAAACCAUCAGGCGCAGUGAUAAUAGCUGUGGGAAAGCAGAUCUUACAAAAGAAUCAGGGUAAUAAUUAAUUAUUACUUUAUCAAUACUUUAUGGUUCCUCACUGUAACUUUCCCCUACGACUUAUGCCGUUCUUACUCUCCUCUCUCCUUGCUCCAGGCAAUAUUGGGCUAUUGUUUUAGGCAGAUUCUGACAAAGAUUUCUGUUUAACACUUGACGACAUGUCCUGGCAUAUUUCUCUCCUCCCCCCCUCCUACUCUUACCAAAAGAUAUUUACACUUUAUUUAUAAUUAUUUGAGUGUACAGAAUUUUUCGUAAGUUAUACAGAAAAAGGCUCGUGAUUGUGUUAUAUAUUACAUACUUGAAAACUAUGCAAUGUUUAUCUAUAAAAAUGUAAAAAGGAACUACUGUAUAUUUUGUAAUAUAACUUUUCAAAUUGUUUGUAACUGUGUAUACUGCGUAUUAUGGAGGCUGUUGGCUCCGUCAAUGGGUUACGUGAAGAUUGUUAGCAAUGCAGAGACAGAUUUCUUGAAGUAAGGAUGAAAACCACCUACAUACUUUCAUAAUAUGGUUUAAUGCACAAGGAUAUAAAACUCUACUUUUCUAAAAGAUUUGAAUUUUUCUGUAAUGAGGAAUUUUGGAAAGACAAAGGUUUCUAUAAUACUUUUUUAAACUCUUAAACACUAUACCUUUUGACUGGUUUGAGGACAAUAUAUGGCUUUAUACUUUGUCACGAACAUUCAUCUUGUCUGUCCUCAUGCAUUGAAUGUAAAAAUAAAGAGAAGUUUUAAAAAAA